AACAAAACCCUACAUAAUUCUUACUGAAGCGCUGCCCACAGAAUAGCCGCUCCUCUCUCUCCUCUUUGCCACUGCCACCGCCGCCUCACCCUUCCCCUUCUCCGAUCUGCAGGCCUCCCACCCUCUAUGUGAUGGGGAAUCGAAAAGGAUUGACAAUUAACUAGAUCAUCGAGUUCUUGGAGCAUUGAUAAAGAAAGCAAAUGUUCUUGGGGCUUCUCACAAUGGGUGCUCACCGCACUAGGCAAUGCAGUCUCUUGCAGUUGCAGCCGCUGCGCACCUGCAUCCUCUUCCUCCUGCUGCUGCUGCUGCUGCUGCCGUGCUCGGCGUCGUCGUCGGUGAUCACCCACCUCCCGGGCUUCCACGGCCGCUUGCGGUUCUACCUUGAGACUGGGUAUGUUAGUGUGGAUGAGGAGACCGGCACUGAGCUAUUCUACUACUUCGUUGAAUCGGAGAGGAGUCCUAGUACAGACCCUGUCAUCCUCUGGCUGACAGGUGGACCCCUUUGCUCUGGAUUCACCGCUCUCGUCUUUGAAGUAGGUCCUAUGAAUUUCGUGCUGGCGCCUUAUAAUGGUAGUUUGCCACGAUUGGUUAAUAAUCAAUAUUCAUGGACAAAGAUAGCUAGCAUCAUCUUCUUGGACACUCCUGUUGGGUCUGGUUUCUCAUAUGCGCGUGAUCCCAAAGGUUAUAAUGUUGGGGAUAUAUCAUCCUCUUUGCAAGUCGUCACAUUUCUGAAGAAGUGGUUCAAUGAUCACCCAAGCUAUCUCUCAAAUCAUUUCUAUGUUGGGGGAAGCUCAUAUGCUGGAAAGGUGAUUCCACUUAUUGCACAAUACAUUUCAGAAGGAAUUGAACAAAGGCAGCAACCAUUAAUUAAGCUUAAGGGUUAUAUGGUUGGCAGCCCCUUGACAGACCCAAAGUAUGAUCGUAAUUCCAUAAUUCCAUAUGCUCAUGGCGUUGGAAUCAUAUCUGAUCAGCUAUACGAGGCUGCGGUAGCGAACUGCAAAGGAGAUUAUGUCAAUCCAACAAAUGAAAUCUGUGCGAAUGUCCUAAAUGCUGUUGAUAACCUCAUGUCUGAACUAGACAAUGGAGAUAUCUUGCUUGAUAAAUGUGCUGGUCGUUUAAUACCCAAACCCAUAAAUGGUGUUUCAAGUAGGGCUCUACUAGAAGAAUACAGUCGGCUAAGUGAGCCAACUGCUCGACCUACUAUCAAUUGUUUUUCAUACCGGUUCUACCUAUUGAACAUAUGGAUGAAUGACAAGGCAACCAGAGAUGCUCUUAAAAUCAAGAAGGGAACGGUCGGUGUGUGGACAAGAUGCAAUACCGAAGUAUUCCCCUAUGCUAGGGACGUUCCAAGCACCAUACAGUACCAUCUUAACCUCACCACAAGAGGUUACCGGGCGCUUGUAUUCUGCGGUGACCAUGAUCUCAUGGUGCCAUUUCUGGGCACUCAGGCAUGGAUAAGAUCCUUAAACUUCACCAUUAUUGAUGACUGGAGAGCAUGGCAUCUUGAUGGCCAGGCUGCGGGAUUUACAGUUAUGUAUGACAACAACUUGACUUUUGCCACAUUAAAGGGUAGUGGUCAUGCUCCUAUAUCAUACAAGCCUAAACAAGGUUUUGCCAUGGGUCAACGAUGGCUGGACCGUAAGCCUCUGUGAUGCUUGCCUGCUUUUCUCUGAAAACUAGUGGAAAUCCCGUGUGUUGCCGCGGUCAUAGAAAUGCAUCUGAAAGAAAACUUUGAACAUGUGGAGUGUAUGUGUAAUAAUAACCGGCAUGUGGAUUAUUUAUUUCAUAUGUCGGUUGUUCAUCUUUCAGAUUAUAUUACACGAUGGAAAUUAAACGUUUUAACAGUG